UGCGCCCUCAUAUAAUCUACACUGGCUUUUCUGUUGUGUCAAGAAAGCAAGGCAAAGAUUAGGUCCUUUUCAAGUAAAGCAAGUCAAACCACAAUAACUAUACACGACAACCCGUCAGGACUUGAUGUGGAUCUCACUGAUAUGUGACGUUACGCCCACGUCAACUCAGGUCUCAUCUUGUGGAAUAGGAGUGGCUCUCAGACGCCUCGGUCACUCUCAGUGUCGAGUUUGGCUUCAAUGAAGAAGGACUAUUUAUCCCCCAGAAUCAACAACAAUGCGAAAUACCUGCAAGAAGUGUCUCGUCCUGAUCUUCAGUAUCGGCGGCCUGAUAGCUUUGUUUCGCACUUGGAGCCAGGAAACCAGUUCAGGAGUCGACCUACGACCGAGACACGGGAGUUCAGUGAAGACACUCCUCGUGGGACAAAUUGAAGACAUCAACGGUGGCUAUGAGGACGUUGCCUUCCGUAUAAAAGAGCAAGUGGCACGACAACUGGCUCGAAACUCAUGUGUGUGUCUGGCUGAUAAGGAGACGUUUCAACUGCCGUUCUCCAAUCUGCUUUUCCCACGCGUGUGGGCCCACAAACUGGAUACUGUGUUUUUAGAGUCCCAUCCUGACCCUGAGGGUGUAAAGCGUCACAGAGCUCAAGAGUACAGCAAAUCACAGAGCAGGUCCUACAGUCCUGCAGACCUACCUAUUGUAGCCAAGGCCAACAGUCCUCUUCAGUAUCCUACCCAGGGUGUGGAGGUGCGACCCCUUAAAACAAUCAUCCUACCUGGGUUGGGCCUUAAAGAGGGAAAAAAAUCAAUGCAUACGGUGUCUUUGACUGCAACUCUUGGGACUUUUGAUGUUGCUGCUACAGUGGACAGUGUCUCUGUCAAAGGAGAAGGAGAGAAGCACGUGAUAUUGUCGAGUCGGGAUCUCUCCGCUCUGAACAGGCUGCUCCAGUUUGUCACCUACACAAACACUGUUUUCCAUCCGAAGACAGCAGAUACAGUUGAGUUCGCGACUGAGGGUCACCGCUCAUUUUUCACCAUCAAAGUCGGACACGGCUCCAUCCCCAGACUUUACAACACUGGAACCCAAAAAGAGUACAAUAUUAGUGCACUUGUCACCAUCGCCUGCAAGACCUUCAUACGCUAUGACAAACUCAAAGAUCUCAUCGACAGCAUACGUCAGUAUUAUCCCACCAUCACCAUAGUGAUAGCAGAUGAUUCGGAACACCCUGAGCCAGUGACUGGGCCUCACAUUGAACAUUACAUCAUGCCAUUUGGAAAGGGUUGGUUUGCAGGAAGAAACCUGGCAGUGUCUCAAGUGAUAACCAAGUAUGUUCUGUGGGUGGAUGAUGACUUCAUCUUCAGCGCAAACACUAAGUUGGAGAAGAUGGUGGACAUCCUAGAGAAGACCUCUCUAGAUCUGGUUGGUGGUGCAGUGAGAGAGGUGACAGGUUACACUGCAACAUACCGUCACACCCUCUCAGUGGAGGAGGGAGGAGAGGAGGGCGACUGUUUACACGUUAGAAGUGGCUACCACCAUGUCAUCGAGGACUUUCCCAACUGCGUGGUUGCUGAUGCUGUCAUCAACUUCUUCAUGGGCCGGACAUACAAGGUGCAGCAGGUGGGCUUCAACCCCCGCAUGUCACGGCAGGCUCAUCUGGAGUUCUUCAUCGACGCUCUGGGCUCCCUCCACAUCGCCUCCUGCAGCGACGUCAUCGUAAACCAUGCAUCAAAGAUCAAACUCCCCUGGGGGGAGACAGACACACAAAAGGCCUACCAAAAGUUCCGUUACAACAAUGCUGAAAGCAACAUUCAUAAUGAAGACUUCUACUUCAAGAACAGGUUUAAGUGCCAGACUGGUAACUGAAACUGAGUCGAGGAUAAAAACAAACACAACUGCAGCAACUAUAUUACAAACAUUAUAUAUAUAUAUAUAUAUAUAUAUGGAAAGAAGCGUUAGCGUAAAAUGACCAAUAUCGCAGUUUGGAUCUUCACCAAACUCUGUGGGAAUAUCCCUUGGAAGGGUAUCUACAGAUGAUUAACCUAUGAGCUAACAGUCAAGGUCAAGGUGAACCGAGAUAUGCUCCAGAAAAUAUGUUCCCAGAUAUCUACGCAAAUAAUGAGGCUAGAGAAACUAAAGCUUAUAUUGAUCCGAAAAUAAUGAAACGCGCAGAAGACGUAUGACUGUAUAUAUAGACACAACCUAAAACUAUAUGGUAAAUGGUCUGUAUUUAUAUAGUUCUUUUAUAGUCAACUACUCAAGGAGCUUUACACACACAUUCAAACUACAAUCACAACGGACGUCUGGGGAGGUUUAUUCAGCUCAUACAUGCAGGAAAUGCAUUAGACCACACAGAUGAUGAAUUAUCAGAGGAAACACUAACAUGGACAGCCUGAGUAAUGUGUUGGGCCACUAUGAUGCAUCACAACAACACUUCAGUGCCGACUACUGGAGGAUAAACACCAAACAUUCAAAAGAUAUCUCCUCAUUUUCUUGGUAUGAGGGAGCGUUGUCUAACAUGUUGGUCCAAAAUCCUCCAGGUAUAUUCACUUGGGUUGAGAUCUGGUCACAGCAAAGGUCAAAGAAUAUGAUGCACUUACUCAAACCAUUCAUUGACACCUCAAACCCCAUGGGUGAGCCAUUGUCAUCCUGUUUCAUCACUUAUUAUUAUUAAGGAUUUUCCAGUAAGGUAACGCCUGUUUGUGUAUUUAAAAUUGUAUUAUCUCGAUUCUGCCUAUGUCGAGUUUUUAACUGUAAUCGUUUAUCCACUCCCCGGUUGUUUUUUUGCUGCUUUCAUGAAUUCAUUGUUUCAUAUUUGAACACAAGAAUUCAUACAAACAUUAGCACUGAUCCAGUAAUCAUGGUUUAGGCGAGGAGGGCUUUUCAGUGCUGGAACAUUCGUGAAUCAUUUAUUCACGAAUAAAUGAUUCACGAAUGUUCCAGCAAUCAUGCUGCUUAAUAAAUGUGCUAGUGUGUUAAUUGUUCACCUGUUUGCAAAUGUAUGAGUACAUUUAAUUAAUUUGAUAUGUAAAAUAAUUUUGUCUAAACACUGUAACUUUGAAUAAGCCUCCCUGUUUGCAGCCUUGAUUGAAAACUUUGCACUGACCACGAAGAAAAUAUUGAAGCCGUUCAGUUGAGAAAUCAGAUGAGCAUAUCUAGAUAUUGAUGUUUCUAGGAUGUUUUUGAAUGUAUCGUGACUGACUGUAAGCGCUAAAGGGACAAACCGUUGGAACCUGUCUUGAACGGCAAUCAAAUGAUUUUUGAGUGAGUCUUUACUAUGAUGUACAAAUGAGUAAUUUAACUUUUUAAAUUAUGAUUGAGAUUAUUUUUGUACUAUUCUGUUUGAAUAAAUACAGCGAGGAAAUAAUAAAGCUCAUCGUGCAAAUGA